AUGUCAAAGCGAUCUGUAAACACCAUCAUAGCACACCAUUUACCCCGCCCCCAAAGUCUCCCCCAUCUCAUCGGGUACCAAAUUUGUCCUUCCCGUGGUGCAUCUCAAACGAAACACAUCACCACCGCUACACACCUGGUCCCCAGUUUUGUCAACACUAUCUAUAUGACCAUCACGAUAUACCAUCUUAAAAGAUGA